AUGAGAGAACGUGAUGCCAGGACAGGCCUGCACUCACCUUUUCAGAGUGAUGACGCAGCCAGAGCAGGCUCUGGAGGUGAACUAAGCACUCACUUCACGAAAGGUUGGAAGUUGGUGGCGAGGCUCGCCUUACAUUUACUGGAUGACGUGAUUGCGCGGGUGCAGGACAUGACAUUCAGGCACUGGGGGGGGGGGAGGCGUGCUGAGAGGCAGAUUGUCCAGGAAUUAAACACAAGCUCGCACCCGUCUUGUGGGAGAUGGGAACAUGGCGGCUGGGUAAUUGGAUCGAAGUGUGCACUCCCAUUUUGGACGCGGAGGCAGGGCACGAACGUCGUGAUUCGGCAGGUCGUGCAUGAAGCAAAAGGUGAUGACGUAGAACCACUGGAGGCAGGCACUGCACUCACCGUGCCGAAGGUGGCGGCAGAUAGCCGAUUAACUGAGCACUCACUUUAUCGAAGAGACACUAGAAAUGAAGUGGGUACUCACCUAGGCAGAGGACAUUACAUGCACAUUGCCGAAGAUGGCGAAGGAUCUAGAGAGCACUCACCUUGUCGGAGGCCGCAGAGACUCUGGCGACAAAGUGGGUACUCACCUAGCCAGAUAAUGACACUGCACUCACCUUGCCGAAAAACCUAUCUUGCCGGAGAUCGACCCUGCACUCACCUUGCUGAAGAUGGCGAGGGCUGCACUCACCUUGUCGAACAUGAAGACAGCUCUGGGAACACUCCCUUUCUCGAAGAUUGCACCUUGCUGACAACGUGGAGCACCCACCUUUCACUUGAGAUCGAUCCUGCACUCACCUUGCCGAAGACGGGGGAACCCACCUUAUCGGAGGCCGCGCAGGCACUGCCCGUCCUCGUCGAGCUCGCCCUCCAUGACGAAGGGCGGCGCGAGCGCGCGCGCGCGCGCCGACAGCCCGGCCACCACCAGCUCGCCGCCGGGCCACACGAUGGUGUCGAGGCGCACCGCGCGCCCCACCACCUCGCCCACGGGGCGCCACACGCGCUCGGGACCCGCGUCGCCCGCACCGGCGCUCUCGGCCUCCAGGACAGCGCCGGCCGCGGACGCCCCCGCAGCGCCGGCGCCAGCGCCGCCUGGCGGGCACACGCACGCACGCGCGCGUCACGCCUUCCAUCCACGACGAUCACGCACGGGAAGUUUAAAUCCGAAUCCUUUUCCCAUCGUCGGAUGUUAUACAAAGGGCGGAGUUAUGACGCACUGGGACUUUCCGUGGACGGAGGAGGAAAUGGGGGCCUAUGUAAGGCUAGGAGAACAAUCACCCAGUCUUCUUGUUCUAGCGGCGUCGGCGACAGGUGCACUAGGGCGAGGGGCCGGCAAUUCAUUGUUGUAACUUGCGGGACGCGUAGAUGGUCUCAAAGUAGAGCGGCUUCAUACAGGGAAAAUCGGUGGUAUGUUGCGGUGUGGUAG